AUUUCUUCAUUUUCACCUUUGGUUUUUUGCUUUCUCAAAGUUGAACUUAGAAAUGUUUGUUUGUGUCUUUGGGUCAUUGGUAUUUGCAUAAAGAUUGAAGCUUUUUGAGUUUAUGAUAAGUUUUCUUGAAUCUUUGAGGCCUAUGACACCCUUUUGAGCUCUUUAAAAGGGUGAACUUAGAAAUGUUUAUUUGUGUUUUUGGGUCAUUGGAAUUUGCAUAAAGAUUGAAACUUUUUGAGUGUAUGAUUAAUUAUCUUGAAUGUUUGAGGCCUAUGUGACACUCUUUGAGCUCUUUAAAAGGGUGAACUUCUCUUUUUCUUCAUUCUCGUCUUGUUUGUGUAAGCUCUAGUGGUCUGGUGUUUUGUUCUUUUUCUGGGGUUUCAAGCUUUUUUAUGGGAAUUCUUUAUCUGGGGUUCUGUUAUUUGGAUAUAUUAUUCAUUUAUUCUUUGGUGGGUGUGAGAAAGUUUUGAUUUUCAAGGAGUUUUUCUGUUUCUGGGCAAUUGAAAAAGGGUUCUUCUUGAAAAACUCCAUUUGCCUUGUUCCAAAGAAUAUAUAUAUUUUUUUGUUUUGGCCUUAUUCUUGGUACUUUAUUUUGGGUUUGGGGUUGAGGAGUUUGCAAAAAAAUAUGAAGACAGGUAGAAGAAGGAAAUUACAUUUUAGCAAGAUUUACACAUUUAAAUGUGGAAGAGAAUCAUUUUUAGGUGAUGUUGAUCAUUCACAAAUUGGAGGUCCAGGAUAUUCAAGAGUUGUUUAUUGUAAUGAACCAAGUAGUUUUGAGGCUGUAAUCAGAGACUAUGUUGGAAAUUAUGUAAGCACAACAAAGUACAGUGCUGCAACUUUCUUGCCAAAGUCUUUGUUUGAGCAGUUUAGGAGGGUGGCUAACUUUUACUUUCUUGUCAUUGCCAUAUUGUCCUUUACACCACUAACUCCUUAUUCUCCUGCCACUGCUGUUAUUCCUCUUGUUAUUGUUAUUGGAGUCACCAUGUUGAAAGAAGGUAUUGAGGAUUGGCAGAGAAAACAACAGGAUAUUGAGAUGAAUAAUAGGAAGGUUAAAGUACAUCAAGAAAAUGGAGUUUUUAACCAAACAGAAUGGAAAAACUUGAGAGUUGGUGACAUUGUUAAGGUGGAGAAGGAUGAGUUCUUCCCGGCAGACUUACUGUUGCUUUCCUCUAGUUAUGAAGAUGCAGUGUGCUAUGUUGAAACCAUGAAUCUUGACGGGGAGACUAAUUUAAAGCUUAAACAGGCAUUGGAGGUGACUUCGUCGUUGCACGGAGAUUCCCACUUUAAAGACUUUAAAGCUUUUGUUAAAUGUGAAGAUCCUAAUGCUAAUUUAUAUGCUUUUGUUGGAACAAUGGAAUAUGAAGAAAAGCAGAAUCAUCUUUCUCCCCAGCAAUUACUUCUCAGAGAUUCUAAAUUGCGGAACACGGAUUACAUAUAUGGGGCUGUUAUCUUCACUGGUCACGACACAAAGGUCAUGCAGAAUGCUACUGACCCCCCUUCGAAAAGAAGCAACGUUGAGAGGAGAAUGGAUAAAAUCAUUUACUUCUUAUUUGGACUUUUGGUCACUUUGUCCUUAGUUGGAUCAGUCUGCUUUGGAUUUCUGACUAAGGAGGAUUUAGAUGAUGGACAUAAAAGGUGGUAUCUACGACCUGAUCAAUCUAACAUAUAUUUUGAUCCUAAUAGAGCUUUUUCUGCUUCCGUUUACCAUUUUCUGACAGCCGUGAUGUUGUAUAGCUACUUGAUUCCAAUAUCCUUAUAUGUGUCAAUAGAAAUUGUUAAAGUUCUUCAGAGUAUGUUCAUUAAUCAGGACAUUCUUAUGUAUCAUGAAGAAACUGAUAAACCAGCACAUGCCCGCACCUCAAAUUUAAAUGAGGAACUUGGCCAGGUUGACACAAUACUUUCAGAUAAAACUGGUACAUUAACUUGUAACUCAAUGGAGUUUGUCAAGUGUUCAGUGGCUGGAACGGCUUAUGGACGUGGUAUUACGGAAGUCGAGAGGGCUAUGGCUAAAAGAAAUGGUUCUCCAUUGAUUGAGGAUUCUGCUGUUAGUCUAAAGAAGUCCUCAAUAAAAGGCUUCAACUUUAAUGACGAGCGAAUCAUGAAUGGGAGUUGGAUGCAUGAGCCUCAUUUAGAUGUCAUACAGAAGUUUUUCCGUUUAUUAGCAGUCUGUCAUACUGUCAUACCUGAAGUGGAUGAAGAAACAAGCAAGAUUUCAUAUGAAGCUGAAUCUCCAGACGAGGCAGCCUUUGUAGUUGCAGCUAAAGAAAUUGGCUUUGAAUUAUUUAGGAGGACACAAACAAGUGUGUCAGUGCAUGAGUUGGAUCUGGUAUCUGGCAAGAAAGUCGAGAGGUUAUAUACAAUUUUGAAUGUGUUGGAAUUUAAUAGUGCAAGAAAAAGGAUGUCCGUAAUAGUAAAGGAUGAGGAGGGAAAGAUAUUGCUACUCUGCAAAGGUGCUGAUAGUGUCAUGUUUGAAAGGCUCGCGAAAAGUGGAAGGGAAUUUGAAGAGAUAACAAGGGAACAUGUACAUGAGUAUGCUGAUGCAGGCUUGAGGACCUUGAUACUGGCUUAUCGAGAAAUCACCAAGGACGAAUAUCAAGUGUUCAAUGAGCAAUUUUUAGAGGCCAAGAAUUCAGUCACUGCAGACCGUGAUGUGUUGAUUGAUGAAGCAAUUGAAAAGAUUGAAAAGGAGUUGAUUCUACUAGGCGCCACUGCUGUUGAGGAUAAACUCCAACAAGGGGUUCCUGAAUGCAUUGACAAACUUGCGCAAGCAGGUAUUAAGAUAUGGGUUUUGACCGGGGAUAAGAUGGAAACAGCCAUUAAUAUCGGUUAUGCCUGUAGUUUGCUUAGACAAGGAAUGAAGCAAAUUAUCAUAAACUUGGAAACACCUGAUAUUAUAGCAACCGAGAAAGGAGGAGACAAAGGUGCUAUUGCCAGGGCGUCAAAGGAAGGUGUUGUACGACAAAUUAUAGAAGGGAAGGCUUUACUUACGGCUUCAAGCACCGAGGCAUUUGCUUUGAUCAUUGAUGGGAAAUCACUUACAUAUGCUCUAGAAGAUGACACAAAAAGAUUGCUUUUAGACCUUGCAAUUGGAUGUGCCUCUGUUAUAUGCUGUCGUUCAUCACCUAAACAAAAGGCAUUGGUAACAAGACUUGUUAAGUUUGGUACUGGAAAGACAACUUUAGCCAUUGGAGAUGGAGCUAAUGAUGUAGGAAUGCUUCAAGAAGCUGAUAUUGGAAUCGGAAUCAGUGGUGUUGAAGGAAUGCAGGCUGUUAUGUCAAGUGAUGUUGCGAUUGCUCAGUUCCGAUUUUUGGAACGCUUGCUUUUAGUGCAUGGUCAUUGGUGUUACAGAAGGAUCUCUUCAAUGAUAUGCUACUUUUUCUACAAAAACGUUGCAUUUGGCUUUACUCUCUUCUUAUACGAGACAUAUACAUCAUUUUCUGCACAACUUGCAUAUAACGAUUGGUUUCUGUCGCUUUACAAUGUCUUCUUCACAUCAUUACCAGUGAUUGCUUUGGGAGUUUUUGAUCAAGAUGUAUCCGCCCGAUAUUGUCUUAAGUUUCCCAUACUAUAUCAAGAAGGUAUACAAAACGUCCUUUUCAGCUGGCGUCGUAUAAUUGGCUGGAUGUUGAAUGGUGUCUGCAGUGCAGCUAUUAUCUUCUUCAUCUGCAUAACAGCGGUAGAUCCUCAGGCCUUCAAUAAAGAUGGUAAAACUGGUGACUACGCGAUUGUGGGAGCAACAAUGUACACAUGUGUGGUUUGGGUUGUGAACUGUCAAAUGGCUCUUGCUGUUAGUUAUUUCACCUUAAUCCAACAUAUCUUCAUCUGGGGUGGAAUCGCUCUCUGGUAUAUCUUCCUUCUAAUGUAUGGAUCCAUGCCUACGACACUUUCCACCAACGCAUACCAAGUCUUCGUGGAAGCUCUUGUUCCUUCCCCAUUAUACUGGUUAGUCACACUGUUAGUGGUUGUUUCAGCUCUAGCUCCCUAUUUUACAUACGAAGCAAUUCAGUUCCGAUUCUUCCCAAUGUACCAUGGGAUGAUUCAAUGGAUAAGGUAUGAGGGGAACUCAAAUGACCCUGAGUUCUGCAAUGAUGUGAGGCAGAGGUCAAUAAAACUAACAACUGUAGGUUUCACUGCUCGUUCGAUAGCAAGAUCUAAUUCUAGUCUAAAACGACAUGAAUGGUAUUCACGGAUAAUAUUUGAUUAGAUCUAUCUCAGCAGGAUCAGACUUCAGACCAACAAAAACACAGUUUUUCGAACUAGAAUCUCCUCAGCUAAGAGGUGCAACAGAAGCAAAAUUCUGCCAUGACAUGUCUUAAACAGACGAAAAUGUUGCCUCAGAAGUUUGUAAAUUUUCCCAGAGCAAGCAACAUGUGUAUAGUAAUUCUUUUAUAUCUUGUAGAAUUAUGAGAUCUUCUUUGUUGAAUACAGGAAGAAGUACAGUAGAUAGAAUAGGCAAAGGUAUAGCUAUCAUCUUGUGUAAAUUUUCUAGCAUGCACUGAAGAAUGAUCAUUUCCAUAUGAAAUGUGUGUUUACACUGCAAUACAGAAAUUUAC